AUGGAUUUAGAUCAAGGAGCGCGCCUAUCCAUAAUUCUAGUUAUCUUCCUCCUUACCACCGCUAGUAAUACUAGCGUCGGUGUACUGAUGUACCGAUUCAAAAACCUACGAACAAUCCCCAAUAUUCUCAUCCUGAGUUCAUGUACCGCUGAAAUUCUCAACCAUAUAUUCAAUAUUCCUGGAUUCGUGGCUGGGUAUAUCGUCAGGGAUAGCAAGUACUUUGUCGGACGAUGUCUGGCACUCGCUCUGGCGGCCUCCACUCUCUUCUUCACAAUGGUAAAUAUAAUGUCAAUGACGCUGAUGAUGGUUGAUAGAAUGUGUGCAUUUAAAUUCAACCUCGCUUACCGAGUGUGGAGAACAAGACACAAGGCUUUCGUGGCAAUAGCUGCCAAAUGGAUAUCGUCUUUCGUAAUAUCCAUGGUGUUUCUGGUUCCAAUCUGGGAUAUAGACCUUGGAAACGUGGCUGCUCGCGAGUAUCGCAAAGUUUAUUUCUCCAAGCAAGGAAGUUUUGCUGCCGUUUUGAUGUCGCUUUUUAUCAUCAAUACGGUUAUGAUUGCCAUAGUUACGUGCACUGCUAUUAAACACAAGAGUAAG